AUGUCCGACAUAAAAAAUAAAUCUAACAAGCGCAAAAAAGAAAAAGUCGAAUUUACUGCUGAAAAUAUCGAUAAUACAGCUCCAGUUAAAAAAAUCUUAGAUGAAUUGCAACACAAAAACACUCAAGCAUAUAUGUUUUAUAGCCGAAAUAUAAAACAGAGACAUACAACACAACAAACUUUGCAGAACUAUCAUUGCGUAGUCCCAGGCUUUCCUCUUAACAGUUUUGAUGAUGAUUGGGAUGGAGAACUUAACAUAGACUACUUUGAGCCGUUCUGUUAUAAAAGUUUGUGUCCAAAAAUGAUAUCAACUUUGAGAAAUAUUGAAAAAACAGAUCCAGUUACAAGUUAUAUAAAGCAUAAAAUAGAAUGGCAAAGGACCUGUCGCAAUUUAAAAUUAACUGCUACCUUUGCUAAGAUGGUGCAGAAGUGUGAGAGUUUAAAUGAUGAGGUAGUACAAUGUCCUAAGCAUAUAGUAGACAUGGCGGCCCACCUGGACAGUGAUCCUGAUCCCUAUUUUGACAGUCCAUAUAACUGGUACUACGCUGGUAAUGGAAAUUUGCAACUUGUCUGUAUUGAUUGGAUUGAUUAUUUGCUAUAUAGUGAAUUUUCCACUGUAUAUUUAUCAGAAUUCAGUAAAAAUAAUUUAUUAAUAAAUAGCGAACAUGCGGCAUCAUUUGAUUGUGGAAAAGAUUAUAACAUUCUUGAAACUAUUUGUUCAGCGCAUAAUAUUAUUGUGCUACGAACAAAAUAUAAGAUUUUUAUAUUAAAAAUAAUAACUGAAAACUGCAAGGUGAGAUUUGAAACUGUAAAAUGUGUAGAUUCAGAAACCCCUUAUACAAGCGUAUCUUUCGAUGAUUACCAUAAAAAUAUUUUAUAUAUAACAACUUUAGAUUGUAAGCUAAGUAUUGUUAAUUUAGACAGAAUAAAAGCCAGAAGUGUAAAAUUAAAAGGCAAAUUCACAAUGAUGGAUAAUUGGAGUACUGUUAUAGGUAGUGGAAGGGGCUUCUAUACCCAUGUUGGAAGGAAAUCCAUCUCCAUAUAUGACAAACGUUCCAACAAUACUGUGUUUGUUUGGAAAGAGUUAAGAAAUAUGACGGACGAAAUUGCCUGUAAUGAUAUUAGUGUAGCUAAAUUAAUUGGAGAAAAUUCAUUGUAUUUUGGCACAAAUCACCAUCUUUUUUUAAUGGAUAUGAGAAAUAUAAAUCAAAACGACAGACAUAAAAUCGUACGGCGAUGGACACACGGCAUGGAAAGUGUUCCCACAUAUAUUUCGCAUGCUAGUUUUGAAAUGAACAAAGAACUUCUAGUUCUAAGUAGCCAGUGGUGUGAAGAUAUGUGUGUAUUACCAAAUUGUAGUGAAAUUUUGAAAGAUACUAGUUCAGGUGGAGUUGUGAUACCUUACCGACCGCCAAACAUAUUGAAUACUUUUGAUGAAGCGAAGCAAAAAAUGCUAUGUAAUGACUUGUACAAUCCUAUAGAUACGAGGCUAUGUACAGCGAUCACUGGCGCUCUCAUAAUGGAAAGGGGUGAGAAGUACGACAUCCUCAUGCAGAAUGCUUUAGGAGAUAUCACUUGUCAUACACUCUUCCCAGAAUACAUGGAUACAUUUAUGGAUAACGAAGGUCCACACAAUUUACAUGAAUGGAGUACUUCAUUUAAAUUGCCGACUAAAGAGUUUGAAGUAACAUCAAUAGAAAAUAUAGCCAGCAUUUGGAAACAGCUAAAAAAAGUUCCAGAAGACUUUCGAGUUGGUGAUCUGCUCAAAGGCAAAAGUCCAUUUAACGAAGCCGAGAUAUUUGAGGCGUUCGAAAAUGAAGAAAUAGACAGCGGGCUUCAGGAGGUUUGGAUGAAGGGGCACAAUGAAAUUGUUGGGGAUCAAUCUUCGCUUGCUUUAAAUUUAUACCUUUCAGAUGACGAAAAA